UACAUCCCAGUAUAUCGAGCAAUUUCUUGAAAAACAAGAAUUAAUAAGAAAACGAAAGAAAAGAAUACUUUAGAAAAUUAUACGAUACAAUUAGUUGCGUUUUGAUUAUAAUUAAAUUAUAACAGUUAGAGAUAUAUUAUAUCACAGCCUACUUUAAAUACGAUCUAUGGCGAAGCUAAAUCUGGCAACGGUGUCAAGACUUUCAUUUCAAUGUAAACAUAACCUAGCUAGUAUGAUUUUCCACGAUUAUGUUCAUAAUAAAAUGUUUGUGACAGUAUAUUUUAUCACAGUAAAUGAGAUUAAAUAAUGCUGCAGUGAAACAAUUAUAGUGCAAAAUAGUAUAUGUACCAGAAAGAUAGCACGCAUGCAUCAUCUUCAGUUCUUACGUCAUAAUUAUGAUAACGUGAAAAUUGCAAAUGUUCUUCUUAUGGUAAAGAGAUUUGAACAAUAUGAAAGAACUACAUUGACAAUAUAAGUUACGUACACAAUAAGAUUUUACGAUAAUGCAUUACGUUUUCAUUCGGAUAUUUAUUUAUAAAUGAGGUGACAUGACAUGCGCCAUGGAAAAUAGGACAUAGCAAUGGCUUAAAGAAGAAGAAAAGAGCAUCGUGCGCACACUAUUAUUAUAUACUUCCGUUAUUUCGAUGCUCAAUACAUUUUGUUAUAUUUUUCGUAUGUUCAAAAAUUGUUUUUUAUCGUUUGAAUGUAAUAUUUGUUGUUCUUUGAAGUACGUGCAAAUUAUAUACAUACAAAUGUUGUGUUUGAGAUUGCAAUUCAAAUGUCACCGAAGCAACAGAGAACCCGUACUCGAUUCAAGGUGAUAACUCCAUUUCGAUCACUGGUUCUCUGUGGCAAAAGUAAACAAGAAAUGGAAGAUUGGUUGAAUGCAUUAAGAACAGUAACAAAAAAUCAUACUCAGACAGAUUCUGGAAUUGCAGAAAUGCUUAGUGGUAAUCAUCAGUGGUAUGCAACAAGUCAUGCAAGACCAACUUACUGUAAUAUUUGCAGAGAUGCUCUUUAUGGUGUUACUUCCCAUGGUUUAAGUUGUGAAAUAUGUAAAUAUAAAGUACACAAACGAUGCAGCAUAAAAGCAAUAAAUAAUUGCAAAUGGACCACAUUGGCAUCUAUUGGCAAGGACAUUAUUGAGGACCAAGAUGGGAACAUUACUAUGCCACAUCAAUGGAUGGAAGGCAAUUUACCAGUAUCCUCAAAAUGUUCUGUAUGUGACAAAACUUGUGGCUCUGUACUCAGGCUUCAAGAUUGGAGGUGUUUGUGGUGCAGAGCUACAGUACAUACAGCUUGUAGACCAGCCAUAAGUGUUAAGUGUCCAUUAGGACCAGUUAAAUUGAGUGUAGUUCCUCCUACAGCACUGCAUAGUAUAGGUAGCGAUGAAGCUUGGGAAGCUACAAGACCUACUGGAUGCAGCCCACUUUUAGUAUUUGUAAAUAGUAAAUCAGGUGACAAUCAAGGUAUUAAAUUUCUUAGAAGAUUUAAACAAUUAUUAAAUCCAGCACAAGUAUUUGAUCUUAUAAAAGGAGGACCAGGACCAGGGUUAAGAUUAUUCCGUCACUUCGAUCCUUUUCGUAUAUUGGUAUGCAGUGGAGAUGGAUCUGUUGGUUGGGUUCUUUCUGAAAUUGAUCGCUUAGGAAUGCAUAAGCAGUGUCAAGUUGGAGUUCUACCAUUGGGAACUGGAAAUGACCUAGCACGUGUGUUGGGUUGGGGAUCUUCUUGUGAUGAUGAUGCUCAUUUACCCCAGUUAUUGGAGAAGUAUGAGAAAGCAGGCACAAAAAUGCUUGAUCGGUGGAGUAUUAUGACUUUUGAACGUAGCAUAUCUUUGCCAUGUCCUAAAAGUGUUUUAAGUCAUUCUAAUACUACAUUAAAAUCCAGCAUUAUUCAUCAAUAUGAGGAUAAUGUUGUUACUCAUAUAACAAAUAUUUUAGAAUCAGACGAAGAAAAUGUAGUUUUAUCUAGUAUUAGAAUUUUAUGUGGCACAGUGAAAGAUUUUGCAACAUAUAUAUUGGAAAAUGUAAACUCAGAGGACCAACAAGUGGAAGAAAAAUGUAAAAUACUUCAGCAAAAACUUAAUUCAUUUUUAGAAAUAUUGUGCAAAGAAGAAGGAUAUCUAACUGAGCACUUAGAUGAUGCAGAUAACAUUACUUUAAAUACUGAAAUUUCUGUUUCACCUGAUAAUUGUGAAAAAGGUGUAUUAGAAAAACCUGAGAAAGAUAUAACAAAUUUGAAAAAAGUUGAAAAAAGGAGACAACUUAUAGAAAAGGAAACUGUAAUUUCAAGAGCAAACAGUUUGAAAAGAAUUGUAAGAAAACUUGUGGAAUAUUCUCAUUUGGUUAUAGAUAAUCAGAUUAAUAUAAAUACAAAACAUACUGCUAAAAUAGGAAAUACAAAUAGUUCACUAGAAGAUGGUACUGUAUUAAAUUCAAUAUCAAAUAAAAGACAACAAUUGGAUAUCCCUGGUUUAAGAGUGGAUCAUGUUGAUAAUUUAUCUGCAGGACCAUUAAUAGAAUCUGUAAGAAGUGCAGAUAAUUCAACAUGUACUAGUCCAGUGCCUAACUUGGCAUCUUUGAGUCCAAUACCUGAUCUUAGGAGAGAUUCUCAACCUGAGGAAUUAUUGACAUUACCUGCACCUGAUGGUUUUGCUGAUAGUAGACGAAAUAGUGAAAAUUUACCGCAAGAUUCAUUUAACUUUCAACUGCCUCCAGCUCAGUCUGUGUCUCUGGAUAAUGAGCAAGAAGCAGAAACACCUGAAUCUAAUGAUCAACAAAUAUCUGACUCUAAUAACAUAGAUAUUUCUUCAGAAUUUCAAAUUAGUGUUACAAGAACUACUUUUGACACAAGUUCACCUUCGGAAGAUGGAACUACACAAGACAUUUCUUCUGACAUAGAUUCAAUUCAAUCACCAGAAGAACAUGAACAAAAACUUGAAAAUAAAACUAAAAUGGAAGUAACUAAAGAGUAUAUAGGUAGUGAUGCAUUUGAUUCUGAAAUUAGGCACAUUGAUUCUCCCGAUAAUUCAGAAAUGGUCACUAGUGAAAUACAAAAUUCUGAAAGUUUAAUAGGACAAGAUUUGACUAGUAUAAUAAAUGGAGAAGAAUAUGAUUCUGUAAGAGAGUAUCUAGAAAAUGAAUUAGAAAAUACAGAUUUUACAAAUGAAAUUGCUAGACGAUCAUUUAAAAGAUCAACAAAGAGUUCUACUGUUAUAGAAAUAGAGAACAAAAUUAAGUACAAAGUGGGAUCAACAGGACAGAAAGUAAACGAAGCUAAUAAAUUUAAAGAUUCUCAAGAUGCUAAAGCAUCUGAUUUACUAAGCCCUGUAUGUUGCUUUACUGUAUCUUCGGAAACAACUCCAACAAAUGAAAAACCUAAUAACUUUCCACCUACAAUAAGUGUUAUAAUUAAUCCUCCCAGCCCAUCAAUGUCGAUUGAAAGUCAGCACGAUUCAGAUGUAGACUAUAAAAUGAAUCCUUAUUUAAGACGACACAUUGGUGAAAGUAUGGAAAGAUUAAGUGUAGAACUACCAGAAUCGGGUUUCUCUCCUCAAGCAACUCGUCGGAUUAGUAGCGGAAGUUUGUUAAAAGCGUCAGAAGUUGUUUCUUUAGCUGCUACAGCUGCGAGAUUUGGUGGUUCUAAUGCAAGUUUACGUCAUGAAAGAGUGAAAUCUGUUGAAAAAACAGAAGAUGUUAAAAAGCUACCAAUUAUUAACCCAUUAGUUCGGUUACCUAUGUGGCCAAACGUCAGUGGUGGAACAGGACUUAUUAGUCAAGCAUUACUUGCAAAUGCAGAUGCACUAUGUGCUGCUGUAUCACCAUUAAUGGAUCCUGAUGAAACAUUAAUGGAAGGCUAUUUUGAACGUUGUGUUAUGAAUAAUUAUUUUGGAAUUGGCAUAGAUGCAAAAAUUAGUCUUGAUUUUCAUCAUAAAAGGGAAGAACAUCCUGAAAAAUGUCGUUCACGAGCAAAAAAUUACAUGUGGUAUGGUGUAUUAGGAUCUAAACAAUGGUUACAAAAAACAUAUAAGAAUCUUGAACAAAGAGUACAAUUAGAAUGUGAUGGUCAACGGAUACCAUUGCCUUCAUUACAAGGAAUUGUUGUAUUAAACAUUCCAAGCUUUAUGGGUGGUACAAAUUUUUGGGGAGGAACAAAAGAAGGAGAUUUGUUUUUAGCACCUUCAUUUGAUGAUCGUAUAUUGGAAGUUGUAGCUGUAUUUGGUUCUGUUCAAAUGGCUGCAUCACGAUUAAUUAACUUACAACAUCAUAGAAUUGCACAGUGUCAAACAGUUCAAAUUAAUAUUUUGGGUGAUGAGGGAGUUCCUAUACAAGUUGAUGGUGAAGCUUGGAUUCAACCUCCUGGUAUUAUACGUAUUAUACAUAAAAAUCGUAUGCAAAUGCUUUACAGAAAUAGGGCACUUGAAACAUCCUUAAAAACAUGGGAGGAAAAACAACGCAAUACACUCAAUGCAAUAUCUCAGUCAGCAUCUACUUUGAGCAAUACACAAUUGCAAUCACAACCUAGGUCUCUACAAUCACAUAAACCAUCAUAUUUAAAUGAUGAUGAAAUGUAUAUUCUGUUGGGAUUUAUCGAAGUAGUUACAACUUUAGUUAAAUGGGUCAAACUUCUCAUUAUAUCACAUCCAAGUUUGGAACCAGAUUUGUACCAAGUUGCAGCACGAACAGCACAAGCUCUUGAACAAGUUCAUCCAGAUGGAAAAAUUUUGCAAGGAAUUAAUUUAAGACCAGUAGUAACAGAGUUGGUGUCAAGUGCAAGACAACUUUAUGAAGACUCAUGCGAAUUACUCAGAGAUAAAGCACAGAGUCUAAAAUUACGGGAAGACUUAGAAAAUAAACUAUCAUUUUCUUUGGCCAGUAUGGAACAGGAAUUAAAGAAAUUUACGUUUGAUGAAGGAGGUACAGGAUUAGUAUAUUUACAAAACUUACCAUCAGAUGAGCAGGGAGAUAGAAAGAAUCGUCAUAGAGGUUUGUUCUGGUUAAAGUUUCGACGUUCAGGGGCUAAUUCUGGAGCACAUACUAUUCGAGAUCAAGUUACUACAUGGGGUGUACAAGAAGUGUGUUCCUGGUUGGAGAAUUUACAGUUGGGUGAAUAUACUGAUAAAUUUGUUUCUCACGAUAUACGAGGUAGGGAAUUAUUAUCAUUAGCCCGUAGAGAUCUCAAGGAACUUGGUAUUACUAAAGUAGGACAUGUUAAACGAAUCUUACAAGCUAUCAAUGAUCUAAAUAAUUAGGUAUAUUAUAAUAAUAAUUUAAACAUUUAAAAGUAUAAAAUAUACAAUCAAUAAAAUAAUAUGUUAUGCCAGUUAAUAACUAUCUGGAUGCUGUAUAACGUAGGUUUUGAAUUACAGAGAUUGACUAAGGAGUAGGACAAGGAUUGAAUCCUUAUAAUUAAAAAUUUUAUGUAACAAUAACAUGUAAUACAAGUAUAACACAAAUAUUCUAAUAAAAAGGGCACUUAGUGUGACACAGCAGUGUUAUAAGAAAAUUAUUUUCUGCACUGCUGUAUAUGACAAAAUAAUAUUACUUGUGCCAAACUGUUGAACUGGUUUUAUGUCAAAAGACAAAUAUUUAUAUAGGAAUUAUAAGGAAAACAUUUUAUCUUUAAAAAAAUACAAAUAUGUUAUAGUCAUGUCUAAUAAGAUAUAUUUUAAUGCAAUUCCUAUUACAAAAUAUUAUUAGACAUGAGCAUAGCAUUAAUAAUGCAUUUAUUAAACAAAAGAUUUAAACAGUAUAAAAAUUCAUUAAACUAUAAUUUAAGUUAUAUUUGUUCCUUUGUGUAAUGUACAAAAAAAAUUGAAGACUUUGAUAAUCAUAUAUUGAUGUAAAUUAUAAGUUUGAAGAUAUGUAUUAUAUCAUUGUUUGUUGUUUUUUAUAUUUGAUACACGUUACAACUUAGGAUUUCAGCUAAGUUUGCUUACAACAGUAUUAAUACAUUUGAAAACUACAUUCUAAAUUUAGAUAUGGAAUAAGUAUUGUCAAUUAUAUAAAUAAUUUACAUAUGUAUAUUCAAUUUACAAUUUAUAUUAUUUUACUCUGAGUUUAGUUCCCUGUGCAAAAAAGUAGAAUGUGUAUGUGUAUAUAUAUAUAUAUAUAUAUAUAUAUAUAUAACUAUGUUUGAGGAGAAACUAUAUUUAUUACAAUAUGUAUUGAAUGACCUAAAUUCAUAAUCGUUGAAAUGAAAUUGGUGACGGAAACUAAUAUAAUUUAAUAUUUUCAUAUAGCACACAGAAAGCAUUUCUUAUCUUAUUUGAUGCUGCAAUUAAACCAUAAAUUUUAAGCAAUACUUACAAAAUUAUUGAUAGAUAUUAAAUUUCUGUAAUAAAAUAGCUUGGCAAAUACAAUUUUCGUUAUAUAUAUGUUAUACAUAUUAAAUUUAAUGAACAUGGAAAACUACAUAUAUUAAAUUGUAAGAUAAAGCAAAGAUAAAAGAUGUUAUUAUGAAAAAUUAUGCUAAUAAUUCAAUUACAAUACUUUAAUAAAGAUUACAAUAUCCAUUAAAAAAUUAAUUUUUACACAUAUAUAUACUGACAUAAAAAAAUAAUUUUUCAUCUAUUAUAUAUAAUGUAUUUAUUACAAUAUUCUUAGAAUUGCUUAUAUUUGUAUAAAAUUAAAAAAUUUUCUGUUGCGUAGUUUAUAAAGUAUUUCAUUUUUUAAAUUCUUGAGUAUUAAAAGAUAAAAAGCAGUUCACAAAUAAUGACUGAUGAGUAUACGAAACCGCUGGAAGUUAUGUAUUGAAAAAAAUAAAUAACAAACUACUGUAUGUGCUAUGUGUACAUAAACUGUGAAAAAUAAUGCAAAAUUUAUACAGUACCAUGAAUCAUAAAACUUACAACAAUUACAUGUUUAUCUUUGCAUUAUGAUUAUACCAAUUACAAUUUAAUAGUUUAAAACAAUGUCUUCGUAUUUUUAUUAUGUACAGUUAAAAUUAUAUGUCCUGUAAAUUUUUAUUUAUUAAUAAAUUAUAUAAUAUUAUAUAUAUAGUAUAUAUACAUACACAUAUGCACAAACAAACAAAAUAUUAUACGUAUAUAGAAAAAUAACACACUGUGUACAUAAAGUGCUCUGCAAUUUUUUUAUCACGUUUAAAUUUCUAACUAAAUUAAAAGAUAUUUAAGAAAGCAUUUUUAACAUAAUGCAACAUGAUUAAAUGAAAGUGAUAUUUAAUUUCUAUGAUCAUAUUAUAACAGUCUUGAAACAAACAAUGAUUAGGAUGAUGAUGAUAAUACUGGUAAUGACAAAGAAAAAUGUAUGUCACCUGCCAAUGGCAAUAAAAAUAUCAUGUACAAAUUUAUUGAGAAACUGAGGAAACAAGUUUUUUAAAUGUAUCAUAAUUUCAAUGUUGCUAUGUUAAAACAAGGCUGCUGUAACAAAGAAAGAAAAAAAUUUGUUUAACA